AGACCUUAACCUAAUAUAUAAAUUUAGAAUGAAAUGGCAACAAUAUCGAUUGAUCCAGCCACUAGAUUAUCCUAACUUUUAAUACUUUUAACGUUUACAAAUGCAUAUAUUUUAAUUUACACUACUUAUUUGAUGUUGGAUUAUGAGCUAAUAAUAUUGAUAGUGUUCUAUUGGAUUAUCGAUAUAAUUGUCAUUCUGACUCUGUCAAUUUUGAAAAUCAAGUAUAAAAUUACAGUGGGGAAUCUAUUGAUUGAUACUUUUUUAGCAGCUAUUUUCAAGACUACAAUCCUAAUCAACUUCACCUACUCUGAACUGGACAUCCAAUAUUUUAGCUAUGUCAUCAUGGCAUAUUACUUCAUUAGAUCUGUCAUUAUUAAUAUUAGAAAAAUUGCAACAAAUUAGUCCAUCACUUAAUACUCCUUCCUUAUUUAAGGUGUAAAAAUACUGCUUGUACUUUAGUUAAUGCUAAUAACAAUGAGAUGGAAGUGCACAAUUUAUUGGAGUUGGUAUACAACAUUUAGUAUUGCUUGGGGUUUGUUAGUUAUAUGCUUUAUUGUGCACUUUGUUUUUCUUCUCUCUAUAGGUGAAACCUUAAUUGAUUACUACAAAAAGAAGACAACCAAAACAUAAUUAGUAGGAGGAAUUUGGCUAACAUUUUAUUUAUGCGGAUUUAGUGGAAUUCCAAUGUGGUUUUGUUAUAUUGUAUGCCAAAAUUAGGAAGUAAAGCAUUUCCAAACAACUGAUUAAGCUACAUUAUUAUGCAUCUUAAUAGUUUCUUAUAAUCUUUCACUUUAUGUAGUUACUGCUAUUUGUAAAGUGUAACUUAUAUAAUUCAUUAAGGAUAUGGGAUUUGAUAUUGAGAUACAAUAAGAACCAGUUGGGCAAGAAGAAAAAUUACCUUAUCACUUUCUUAAAAUUUCCUUACCGUAAAAACUAAUUCAAAUAUCUUCAACAUAUUUCGAUUUUGCCUAAGAGUCUAACAAAUAGUAGAAAUAAUUAUAGCACAUAUCCAAUAGCAAUUUCAGUGUUAUAAAUCAAAAGGCUAGACUCAAGGCUUUUGAAUUCAUGGCUAAGACUGAAUAAAUUAAUUCUCCAGUUGAGAGAGAAUCUGGACUUGUCAAAGGUGAAGAAAAGUGUCAGAUUUGUUUUGAAAAUGAGCCUCAAAUUGUGAUGCUUCCUUGUUAACAUGGCGGAAUCUGUGAUGAUUGCCUUGAAAAAUGUUUAAAGAAAUCUCCAAAUUGCUAUCUAUGUAGAAAGAAAAUUCAAAAAUUGCUUCGAGUUUCUAAGGAGGCUUCUGGAAAAUUUGCAAUAAAUGACAUUGCAUUAUGUGAUGCAUGA